GCAGUUCAAAUCACGUUUCAAAGGAGGCUGAACCGAAACAGCAGAAGGAGGAAGUCACCUUUGGAAGUCGAGUGAAGCACACCGGUUCAACCUGUCAGGCAGACAAGAGGCAGAGGCAGCCGCCGCGGCGCUGGAAGGGAAUAUGGCAAGAAGUGCUGCUGAAGGCAACCUAAAGCCGCAGCUCACCCACAAUGGACUGAAACGCGAAGAUACCGACAGAAAUGGAUAUCACAACAAGAGAGAGGGUCUUCAAGGUGCAACGGCUAAAGCUAACAACAUGGCGACCAAAAAUGGCCCAGGGACCAGCGUCCCCUCCAGGCAGCACAUACCGGAGUCCUUUGAGCAGGCGCCUAUGUAUGUGGCUGUUAUGACAUACCUGGGCUUUGGCAUUGUCACCCUGUUUGGCUACUUCAGAGACUUCCUCAGAGCUGUGGGCUUAGAGAAGUGCCAUCUUGCCCAGGAAAGAGAAGAACAGAAGGCUUUUGUACCACUUUAUCAAGAUUUUGAGAACUUUUACACUCGCAACCUGUACAUGAGGGUACGAGACAAUUGGAACCGUCCCAUAUGUAGCCUGCCGGGACCCGUCUUUGACCUGAUGGAGAGGGUGUCUGAUGACUACAACUGGACAUUCAGGUUUACUGGGAGGACAUUACACAACGUCAUCAACAUGGGCUCUUACAACUACCUCGGCUUUGCUGAAAACAACGCUGACUUCCUGAAAACUGUUGCAGAUAAAGUGCAUCAGUAUGGGGCUGGAGUUUGCAGCACAAGACAGGAAAUAGGUAACCUGAGCAUCCAUGAGGAGCUGGAGCAACUUGUGGCCAAUUUCCUUGGAGUGGAGGCCUCUAUGACUUAUGGUAUGGGUUUUGCCACCAACUCAAUGAACAUUCCAGCACUUGUUGGCAAGGGUUGUUUGAUACUCAGUGAUGAGCUCAAUCACACAUCUCUAAUUUUGGGGGCCAGACUGUCAGGAGCAACCAUUCGAGUUUUCAAACACAACAAUAUGCACAGUCUGGAGAAGAUGCUAAAAGAGGCAGUUUGCUCAGGGCAGCCUCGGACCCACAGGCCCUGGAAGAAGAUCCUUAUCAUGGUGGAAGGCAUCUACAGCAUGGAGGGCUCUGUGGUGCGACUCCCUGAUAUCAUCGCUCUGAAGAAGAAGUACAAAGCAUAUCUGUACCUGGAUGAAGCCCACAGUAUCGGAGCAGUGGGAUCAUCAGGGAGGGGCGUGACUGAGCUGUUUAAUGUGAACCCAGCUGAUGUGGACGUGAUGAUGGGGACCUUCACAAAGAGCUUUGGGGCUGCCGGAGGCUAUAUCGCUGGGAAAAAGGAGCUGGUGGACUACCUGCGUAAUCACUCUCACAGCGCGGUGUACGCCUCAGCCAUGUCCCCUCCUGUCACCGAGCAGAUCAUACGUGCCAUGAAGUGCAUUAUGGGAAAAGACGGGAGCACAGAGGGCAUGAGACGGAUCCGCCAAUUGGCAGAGAACACCAGAUACUUCAGGGCCAGGCUGAAGGAGAUGGGCUUCAUCAUCUACGGCAAUGAUGACUCACCUGUGGUUCCAGUGCUGCUCUACAUGCCAGGCAAAGUGGUGGCUUUUGCUCGGGAAAUGCUGGAGAGAAAAAUCGGCGUGGUGGUGGUGGGCUUCCCGGCCACCCCGAUCACCGAGGCCCGAGCUCGCUUCUGCGUGUCUGCGGCUCACACCAGAGACAUGCUGAACCAGGUGCUGCACCACAUGAACGAGGUGGGAGACGCUCUCUGUCUGAAGUUCUCACGGCGGAAAUAUUCCUCUCGGCCUGACCUCUGUGAUGAGACAGACUUUGAGCUGGACAGCUGAUAUGACCCCUGACACCUUAACUUCACAGUGUCAAAACUAAGUGUCCACGCCGCUGCAGACUCAUAAACACACAACGUCAGGGUAACACCCUUAUCUCACAGCAGAAGACGGGCCAAAUGUUUGGCAGCUGCUUUUUAUAUGUUUGUAACACUUUAUGAUUCAACAGAAAACUUGUUUGUGCUUCUUUAAAAGACCAAACCAUAUGAACUCUUGAAAUACUAUUUUGUAAUACAUUUAUUUGUGGAUAUAUGGGAAAUUUUUGCACAAGCAUUGCUGGACUGGUCUCAGCCUCAAGUAAGGUGUAAAAUAUCUUCAGUUAUUUAGCUUAUGCACUGAGACAAAUCACACAUUGUUAGAUCAGUUUAGAAGUUAAGCUCAUCUUAAGUCCCGUUUGAAGACAGGUUUGAAAUUUUAGAUCACAUGUAUUAAAUGUUUUUAUGUCUAUAUUUAGACGCUAAAAACCUCCUUUGGAAGCAUUUUUUGCUUCACAUAAAUUAAUAUCAGCCACCACUGAUUAGAAACUCUGAGAAUUAUCAGAGAAUAGUACACAGUUGCUGAAAAUAUGAUGUAAGGAGUCCUGUUUACUUAAUUAAAGUAUUAUGAAAUGCA